AUGAGUCAAUUCGCUCCGUUAAAGAACGAUUUGAUCUUAAGAGCAGCCAAGGGUGAAAAGGUCGAAAGACCUCCCAUUUGGAUCAUGAGACAAGCAGGAAGAUAUUUACCUGAAUAUCACGAGGUUAAAGGUAAAAGAGAUUUCUUUGAGUGUUGUAGAGACGCUGAAAUUGCUUCAGCCAUCACCAUUCAACCUGUUGAUCAUUAUGAUGGGUUGAUUGAUGCUGCUAUAAUUUUCAGUGAUAUUUUGGUCAUACCUCAAGCCAUGGGGUUUGAAAUCGAUAUGAUUGACGGUAAAGGCCCAGUUUUCAGAGACCCUUUACGUUCUCCUGAGGAUAUCAACAAGAUCAAUUUGAAACCUGAUGUGAAAACUUGUUUGGAUUGGGCUUAUAAGGCUAUUACCUUGACCAGAACCAAAUUGAAUGGUAGAGUUCCCUUAUUAGGAUUCUGUGGUGCUCCUUGGACGUUGCUUGUUUAUAUGACGGAAGGUCAAGGUUCCAAGAUGUUUAGAUUUGCCAAACAAUGGAUCUAUGAAUACACCAAAGAAGCUCAUAUUUUGUUACAAGCCAUCACCGAUUCUUUAAUUGAAUUUUUGGCCCAACAAGUGGUAGCUGGAGCUCAAAUGUUACAAGUGUUUGAAUCUUGGGGUGGUGAAUUGGGACCCAUUGAGUUUGAGGAGUUUUGUUUACCAUACUUGAAACAAAUUGCUUCUCGUUUACCUAAAAGAUUGGAAGAAUUAGACAUUAAGGAAAAGAUCCCCUUAACUGUGUUUGCUAAAGGAUCUUGGUAUGCCUUGGAUGAUUUGUGUGAAGCUGGUUACGAUACCGUUUCUUUGGAUUGGACUUAUCGUCCUGAAGAUGCUGUCAAGGUUGUCAAUGGUAGAAGAAUAACCUUACAAGGUAACUUGGACCCAGGUAUCAUGUAUGGAUCAAACGAUACCAUCACUACCAAAGUUGAACAGAUGAUUAAAGGUUUUGGCGGUGGGAAGCAAAACUAUAUCAUCAACUUUGGUCAUGGUACCCAUCCAUUUAUGAACCCUGAUAAGAUUGAACACUUUUUAAAAGAGUGCCAUCGUUUUGGCUUGCAGUAA